AUGUCAAGUAUUGUGAUUCAAAAUCAAAUAGCCUUGGAUACGACACAAGAAGUCUGGGAGAAUUUCGAAGAAGCCGACCAAAGUGAAGGACUUGAUCGAGAUGACAGAGGGACUCAACAGUACGCAAAUCUAUUCUUCUUACUUCAGAGCGACCCAAGACUGAUUGCUGCCUUGUGUAGAUUUAGUGUCCGUGGGCAAGAUUGA